AUGUUCUUCACGCCCUCAGGGUCAUUCGGAGGAGCCUCGAGCUCCCCGCUCCAAAAAGCACGGAAGUCCCGAUGCACGGGGGCGUCAAGCUCCUAUUUCGGAGCACCCGUCAACUUCUCAUUCACUGCAACCACAGCAUCGGCAUCCCCAAUCGCAUCAGCCUCAGCCGUACCCACUCCAAUCGCGACAUUCGACACCACCGUCUAUGGGAUACCAAAAAUCCAAGAGCUGACCCUAUCCGUCAGGAGCCGCUACUCGUUCGUCGAACCCACAACCUACCUCAACACCACGGCCCAGGCCAGCACUGACGACUCUUCCAACUGGUUCAUCAAAGUCGAAUAUUCGCAACAGCAGCAGCAGGACGGCUUGGUGUCCGCCCACAAGGAUGGUCAGAUUGAGGUCGCGCUCUCGUGGCACAACGAACAGGACGAGACGACCUCUUCAGAAACGGAUUUUGAUAUUCGACAUUAUAAGUCUAUGUCGUUUAUCCCCAUGAAGCAUCCUCAUCGACUUUUCACUUUUCCGAUUGCUGAGAAUGCUCUUCUUGAUGGAGAGGCCAUCAAAGGAACGAUUGAUUUGGACGAGGUCUCGACAGCCACACACGCGUUCGAGUUCCAUAUCGUCCUCUCGACUGCCCCGAACCUUGCUCGCACACCUCUACCCCCUCAACCUAAAAGCGGUUACAUCCUGCCUCAGUUCCUCAAGGACCCUCACUCUGUUGAUAUAUGCUUUGUCUUUCCUAACGACCGCGACGCUGCCGGUGUGGGUCUAUGGGCUCACCGCGUUGUUUUGAGCCAGAGUAAGGUCUUUGCCAAGAUGAUCGACGAUGCUGUCCAAAAGGCUGCUUCCGAUGCUGCCGCUGCGACCUCCUCUUUCUCUCAACAAAAAGCAGUUAUUGAUGCCGCGGUGAAAGCAACUACACCUGCUGGAGCUCGGCAGGAGAAUGUAGACGUGGGCAAAAUGACGCGGACUUUGUCGAAUCAUGAGGACGAAACUGGCAGUAUUACGUCAUUCACGGAUAUUGGAAGUCAGGCUGACGGCUCUGUUGGCGACCUGUAUUUCUCUGAGACUGUAGAUCUGUCUGAGCUGGAAUGUGAGCUGGGAGCUGUUGAGGGUGGAGUCACUGCCGCCACCGUCAAGACUGAGACUAACGACAAGCAGGAAUCGGCAACCGCAGAGAAGGAGAAGCCGGCAGACGCUAUUACUGAGGCGACCGCAACCACUAAUACCACAAAAUCUGACAAGACAGCUCCAGGGGCGGGGCCCAGGACUUUGACUUUUGUGGUCGAUCAAGUGUCCUUGGACGUCUUCCUGGCAUUACUCCAAUACAUCUACACCGGCGAAAUCAACCUGACCCCAAGCGCUGAUCGCUUUAUCUUCAGUAGCACCAAACCCAACAACACCGAUAGCACCGACCGCACUGUGACCAAUGGCGCCUCGCAGCAAGACCGAGAGGUCGCGCAAUGGGUCACUUACAAUCCAAAGGGCACUGGAAAGGCAACCAUAUACGAGGAGCUGAUGCUGGCGGCUGACUUGUACGGAAUUUCCGACCUGGCGUUCUUCUGUCAGCAAAAGGUAGAAUUGUCUUUGAAUUCAGGCAAUGUUUCGCGGAUCCUGUUUAAUGUUGCUCCUCGCUACCCGCGGAUCAAGGCCCCCGCCCUUGCCUUUAUGGUCAAGUCCCGGGCCACCAUGUUCGCCAAGGAUGCUGACCCCUUCAAGGACUACAGGAACCACCCGGACUGCUACAGCCUGAUGCUGGAGGUUGUGCAGCUCUUGGCUGCCAGCAAUUAA